AUGAAGGCCUCUUUCGUCACCCUCCUGGCCAUGGCCUCCGCUGCCAUCGCCGCCCCUACUCCCGCUGGUCUUUCCGACCUGACCUCUGGUCUGUCCGGUCUGACUGACCUCACCAAGCUUGCCGGUCUCGGUGGUAUCACCAAGGACCUUAAGCUUGGCGAUAUCACCAAGGAGCUGAACCUCGACAACCUGCCCGUUGUCUCCAAGCUCGGUGACCUCACCAAGGUCCUGAACCUGCCCACUCCCUCCAACGCCGACCAGUCCGUUGGUGAGUCUGGUCACCUCGUCCAGGACCUCGGCCCCGAGCUCAACAACGUCCUGACCGUCACCGGUCCCAACCUGCAGACCCUGCUCAUCCAGCUGAGCCCUGAGGUCACUGCUCUCGUCUCCGGCCUGGGUCUCCCCGGCCUCGGUGUUCCUCUCGGUGGCGUUGUUGCCUCCGCCAGCGGCCUUGGUGACCUUGUCACUGGCCUUGGUCCCAGCGUUGGCGGCCUCGUCACUGUUCUCGGCGCUGAUGUCGGUGCUCUGCUCAUCGGUCUGUCCCCUGAGGUCGCUGGCCUCGUCUCCGGUCUCGGUCUCCCCACCGUCGGUAUCCCCGUCGGCACUGUCGUCGCUGUCCUCGGCAAGAACGUCAAGCGUGAUCUCCCCACUGGCAAGAUCGUCGGUGACCUCGCUCCCCAGGUCAAGAGCAUCCUGACUGUCACCGGUGGCAACGCCAAGCAGCUCCUUGUUGAGCUCUCCGCUCCCGUCACUGCUCUUCUCACUGGCCUCGGUCUCCCCACCGUCGGUGUCCCCGCCGGCAAGAUCGUCAAGACUGCCUCCAGCGUCGGUGACCUCGUCAAGGACAUCUCCGGCCCCACUGAGGACCUCCUCACCGUCACCCAGAAGGAUGGCUCUGCUCUGCUGAUCAAGCUCUCCCCUGAGGUCGCUGCUCUCGUCGCCGGUCUUGGCCUGCCCUCCGUCGGUACCCCCGUCGGCAGCAUCGUCAGCACCGUUGGCAGCAACCUGUAA